CCUGUAUGUAUGGCUUUUCCUGCUGAUUGAGAGGUUCACUGAGACACAGCGAGGGCCGGUGUGAGAGGAUGCCGUGUACAUGACCGUGUGUCCGGGCGAAAACAAUGCACCUUUACAGUGUGUGUCAUCCAUUAAACUCGAACGAGGAAGGUUUUGUAAAGAGAAUAACGAGGAUAGCGACAUAUUUAUUUAUUUUUCUGAGGGGAAAUGAGGCCUAACAGGGCGAAGAGUCGAGCUUGAGUCCCUCUGGCUUCCGUGUAAUCAGAAAUGGCCUCCCAGCUCCAUGCUUUCUCCUCUCCUUCGGUUUCUUCCAGCGGUCUUUCCCGCUCUAAGAAACUCAAGCUGGAGAAGCCUGCAUGGGACAGCGAGAACAGUUAUGGUCUGCAGAGCCCCGGGCAGGCCAGAGUGUCGUCACCCUCAGCUCUGGAUUUCAACGCCAACCACGGCUCGAGCAGCCUCGGCUUUCCUUCCUCCAACGCUGGCCGCGAGCAUACGGUCGUACGAGCCGCCGACAGCACCAGCAGUGUCCCUGGACCUUCCCCGUCCUCCUCUUCGUCCUCCUCCUCGACCUCAUCGGCAUCAAGCAAAAAUGCUUACCAGAAACAGAGCGGCGUUAAGAGGAAGAGCGAGGAGGUGGAGAGCAGUGACAGCGUGCAGAUCCUGGAAGAGCUCUCGGCCCCUGUGCUGUCCAACCGGGCCGGCGGUGGAGCAGCAGGAGGAGGAGGAACAACCACUGCGCAGUCCAUCACUCACUCCACCUCCACCGCCAAGAGCAGCAACUCGCACAGCGAGGGCGACUACCAGCUGGUGCAGCAUGAGAUCCUCUGCUCCGUCUCAAACAGCUACGAGGUGCUGGAGUUCCUUGGCCGUGGCACUUUCGGCCAGGUCGCCAAAUGCUGGAAGCGUGGCACCAACGAGAUAGUGGCCAUCAAGAUUCUCAAAAACCAUCCGUCUUACGCUCGACAGGGCCAGAUCGAGGUUAGCAUCCUGAGCCGUCUGAGCACUGAGAACGCGGACGAGUUCAACUUUGUGCGCUCGUACGAGUGCUUUCAGCACAAGAACCACACCUGCCUUGUGUUUGAGAUGCUGGAGCAGAACCUGUACGAUUUCCUGAAGCACAGUAAGUUCAGCCCACUGAUGCUCAAGUGCAUCCGGCCCGUCCUGCAGCAGGUGGCCACUGCGCUGAUGAAGCUUAAGAGCCUGGGCCUGAUCCACGCCGAUCUCAAACCAGAGAACAUCAUGCUGGUGGACCCCAUCAGGCAGCCAUACAGGGUCAAAGUGAUUGACUUCGGCUCUGCCAGCCACGUCUCCAAGGCUGUGUGUUCCACCUACCUGCAGUCCAGAUACUAUCGAGCUCCCGAGAUCAUCCUGGGGCUGCCAUUCUGUGAGGCCAUCGAUAUGUGGUCUCUAGGCUGCGUCAUUGCUGAACUCUUCCUCGGCUGGCCGCUUUAUCCAGGAGCAUCCGAAUACGACCAGAUUCGUUACAUUUCCCAGACCCAAGGGUUACCAGCAGAGUACCUCCUGAGCGCAGGAACAAAGACCAGCCGAUUCUUCCACCGAGGACCAGACUCCAGCUACCCCCUGUGGAGGCUCAAGAUGCCCGCAGAGCACGAGUCAGAGCUUGGCAUUAAGUCUAAAGAGGCUCGGAAAUACAUCUUCAACUGUCUCGAUGACAUGAUGCAGGUUAAUAUGACUAAUCUGGAAGGCACAGACAUUUUGGCAGAGAAGGCUGACAGGCGCGAGUUUAUCGACUUGCUCAAGAAGAUGCUCGCUCUCGACGCAGAUAAAAGGAUCACGCCGAUGAAGACCCUCAACCACCCGUUCGUAACCAUGACUCAUCUUCUGCACUUUCCCCACAGCGCACAUGUAAAGUCCUGUUUCCAAAACAUGGAGAUCUGUAAACGCAGAUGCACCGCCUUUGACAACAACAAGAACCUCUUUAGCAGCAACAGCGGGCCGAGCACAGCCACCAACCUCACCGUGACCUUCAGCAGCCAGCUCAGUCAGUACAGUCAGCAGAUGGCACCCUCUGGUGGCCAGUCUCUAUCUCUGAGCAGCAACGUUCCUCUGCUUAACUACCAGCCGGGUCUGUACCAACAGGCCACCAUCAACAUCCCAGGUCUGACACAGCAGAGCGUCCCACUGCAGACCAGACACACACAGCUGUGCACUCAGACUGAACCAUUUCAGCAGACCCUCAUUGUCUGCCCACCCACUAUACAAGCAGGGCUUCAGCCUUCCAGUAAGCACUCGGGGUAUCCGGUCCGGAUGGACAACUCUGUCCCCAUUGUCCCUCAGAACCAGUCUGCUCAGUCCUUACACAUCCAGCCUGGCAUGCUGACGCAGCAAGGCUGGCCUGCUGGAACACAGCAGAUCCUCAUUCCGUCGGCAUGGCAACAGAUGCCAGGCAUGGCCAUCCAUGGCACUGGGCAGCCCGUCAUUGCUGACUCUCCUAUGGGCUCUCUAUUGGCCGAUGGUUCGACCCAGUCCAGUGCCAACUGGAGGGGGCGAAAUGGCAGCCAGUGUGAUGCCACGCAGCAGGAUGCCGCACAGGGGUGCCACAUGGCCUCGCAGACUCUCAGCACAGGCGCAGCCAACAGUCGGGCGCAGCAGAGCGGGGUCAAGAGGUCCAAAGGUCGGCAUGCAGAAAGCAGACCAAGACCCAUGUCCCCUGCGGUGCACACCAGCGGUGACCCCUCUCAGCCCAUUAUCAUUUCGGACACGCCCAGUCCCGCCGUCAGCAUCAUCACCAUUCCGAGUGACACCGAGGACGAAGAUGACACCAAAGUCCCGCCUACAAGCUGCAGCACAAACCAGCGUGCGAACGUCAUCAGCUGCGUGACCGUGCACGACUCUCAGGACUCGGACUCGUCCACCUGCAGUCCUGUCAGUCCUAAACGCUUGCCCAACUUUGCGGAGAGCACCGGACCAGGCUCCAAGUCUCUGGCUGUCGUGACGCCCUCACUGAAAACUCAGCCAUGGGACGGAGUGACCAGCGAGCUGAGCAGCACAACAUCCAGCGGGAAAUCGAAGAAGACGUCAGCUCCACAGUCCUCACGCUCAGGAUUGCCCAGCAGUGAGCGGCAUCAGAGAACAGUGACCACCAAAUCACAGCCUCUCAAUCUGAGUCAGGUCCAGCAGCCUGUGAUGUCCUCUCACGACCGCUCAGGGGGUGGAUCCCUGAGACGUCAACCCACGUAUCCUCCCACCGGUCCGUCACAUUCGUACCGGCUGCACGAGGCGUCGCUCUUCAGCUCCACCCCCAACCUGUACGCCUACCCCGCAUCGGCUGCCCUGGCCUCGGUGUCGCAGGCCGUGGAUCAGCUGCACAACUCCAGCAGCUCCUCCUCGAUUAGGCACACACGUGCUGCCGGACCUUACUCCGCCUCUCUGAGUCUGCUGCAGAAGAGCAACGCUAUGGGGCUGAUGGGCCAAUCGACCGCCUCACACUGCCAGCAGCAGCAGCUUCCUGGGCAGCCGUACCCCCCCAGCCAGAGGAAACUUAACCAGUACCCUUACCUGUGAGACACCUGAUCAUAAAGCACAGCAUCCUCACUACAGGACUUAAUUACUGAAGGUUUUCCUCGCCAUUGUUUUAAUACUAGAUUUGUUUUUAUGUAGUAACAUUUAUUUUAAUGCAGCUCAAUUUAAACCGUAGAGUUUAAACCAUAUUUGUUUGUGUGGCAUCGGUUUACAUUUUGUUCCCAACAUAUAAUGGAAGGUGCGACUGUAUAAAUGCUUUAUUAGCACUCCUCAUGGUGUUGAAACACGUUUUUACUUUUAUUUACAUCAUACUCUUACUGUACAGCUGUUAGCCGCUGACGUAACGUUUACCAUAUUCAGACGGGAUUAGUUUCUCCGAGUGACUUCAGGAAUAACGUUGUGACUCCAAGAUAGAACCCGAGACAGUUCAGAGGAUAUAGGACGAGGUCAAUUGUUUUGUAUGCGAUUAAAACAAAUGAAAUUGUUUGUUUGUCGGGAUCUAAUGUUCGAUGAUGCAAAUUUUCUUGUUUUUUUCCCCAGAGAAGAAACAGUGUUUCAUGGUAUUGUGUACGAUAAGAAUCAGCCUCAUCCUGCUUCUCCACGCAGAGAGUAAUCAUUAGCAGGGAGGGUGAAAUUAAAUCAAAACGAGAUCCUGUAAAUGUAACCUAAUCCUGUCCGAAUAGGGUUGUUUGUUUGUUUGUUUGUUUGUUUGUUUUUGCUUAUCCUUUUGUUUUUACUAUUUUCACUGUUUAUUUACAGGUGCCUUUAAAUCUAUUAGCACUUAUGUUUUAAUAUUUUUUAUGCAUAUAUUUCGUUACGUUGUUUUUCUGUCUGUGUGUGUGUGUGUGUGUGUGUGUGUGUGUGUGUGUUAAUGGAUAUUGUGCUGACGGUUGCAUGUUGUUUAUGUAGAGUCCUAGGCGCUACAUAGUGAAAUGUUUUUAGGCUGCAUCAGCAAAACGAUUAGAGCGAGAGAUGAUGAUGUAACGUGUUGGAGGCUGGUGUUUGUGUAUAAAGUGUUUGUGUGCAGUCAGUGAUGUCGAUAAGCACUUAAAGGUUAACGUGGAAGUGUGCGCUCAUAAACCCAUGCUUUAGUAACAACGUGCGUUUGAUUACGAGUGACAAAAAUUGAAGCCUGCUUUUCACGAUGCUUCUUAUUAGUGACAUUUGCUCUGACUAGAAGAUGAGUGAAUCGGUGCUUUUUAGGCUGGUCCCAUGUUCAUUUAGAAUCAAUCCGACUUGUGCAAUUGUGGCUGUUUCUGCUCUUCGAUCAGAAUGUGGAGUGUAAAGUAGAUCAAGCUAUGAAAAAUAUACAUAUUGUAUAUGCACAAUAAACAUUUUCAGUGUA